CCUGACUCGGACGUUCGGGCGCACAGCGAGCGGAAGUGAGCGGCUGUCUCAAACAGAGCAGACAGACAUGGCGUGUUUGCCAGCGAGCAGCGGUGUAGGCUCAACAAUGUUGUCCUUAACUCGGCAAACGAAACACCGCUCGUGGAUGUGCAGUUUGUUUCUGGCGAUAUGCUUGGCGUCGCUGCCAGUUUCAGCCAAGCGAGACAGCCUCAAGGAAGUAACCGACAGCAACUGGGAAGAAAUCCUGACGGGAGAAUGGAUGAUUGAAUUCUACGCACCCUGGUGCCCAGCAUGCCAGCAGCUCCAGCCGGUGUGGAAGGAGUUUGCGGACUGGGGGGAGGACAUGGGGGUCAACAUAGCCAAGGUGGACGUGACAGAACAACCCGGUUUGAGUGGCCGAUUCAUCAUUACCUCCCUUCCUACUAUUUACCACUGUAUGGAUGGCGUCUUCCGAAAGUACCAGGGAGCUCGCACCAAAGACGACUUCCUCAGCUUCGUUGAUGAGCAGAAAUGGAAAGCGGUUGAGCCAGUCUCCUCUUGGCUGGGACCGUCUUCGUUACUAAUGAAUUCAAUGUCUGCUCUGUUCAAGCUCUCCAUGUUUAUCCGGCGUUGUCAUAACUACAUGACAGAGCAGCUGGGGAUUCCUGUUUGGGGGUCUUAUGUUAUCUUUGGCUUGGCCACUCUGUUCUCCGGCCUUGCAUUGGGACUGUUGCUGGUGUUCAUCGCAGAUUUUGUCUUCCCUUCACGCCGAUUUUCUUCUCCGGAUUACUACCAGAAAAAACAAACGAUGCAGCAGGCGAGGUUAAUUCAGCAGCAAGAGGACGAGCAUGAGGCCGAUGGGGAGGAAGAGGACGAAGAAGAAGAGGAAGAGCAGGAUGAUGUCUGGAGGAGGAGGAGAGGCUCCCCAGAGGGCCGCCCGGAGCCUAAAGGACAGGGUUUCACCGAUGAGGCUCUGAGGAGGAGGGUGGUGGGCAACCGUGAGGAGGAUGAUGAGGAGGAAGAGGACACCUAAAGAGCAAAAGGGCCCCCUACUCCUUUAAGAAGAGUGUGGAGUCAGCGGAGACAGAGGAGCUUUGGUCUCGAGCAGCAGUGUUUACAGCAGGGAGCCCUAAGCCCCCCCACCCAAUCCACCCCUCCCUCCUCCUCCUCCUCCUCCUCCUCUUCCUCCUCUGGGCCCCUAGAAACACCUCCUUUUCUUUCCCUACCCUUGUUUUUAAUGGGAGCGCUUUAAGACUCUCAGCACCCGUCUCUCCGCCUGAGCAGCAGGCUCCAUCUGGAAAGAGCAAGAGCACUCCUGACACCUGUUUUCACUCGAGGAAACAAAUGGCCUGGCUGAGGUUUGGGUAUGAAGUGCAGUAGAGAUGGAUUUUGCAAUGUCGUUUAUGCUAUGCAUCGUUUUUUAAAGACUUGUGUGUUAUUAUACCUUAUUCUCAUUAUACCAGGCUUGGGUUUGAAGUUCAUUUGGUUAAAUUUUACUUUUCAGCUAAUGUAUACAUACAGUUAUUUCAUCUGAACAUACAUUUUACAAAUCCUGACAGCUAACGAUGUUCACAUGUCAUUCCACAUUCAGCGCACAAUGGAGAAAAGACAUUAACGGUUGUAAUCCUUAAGGUUUUACUCCUGGUCAGUUACACCUGUGGUUACCGUGGUAACAGCAAGCGCGGUUUAAAGCAACAGCGAACACUCAUUGAGCAGAAACAGAAAAGGAUCUGAUUCCAGUGCAGCCAAACAAGCUCGCCAGUUUGGAUGUGAGAGUUUUAAUGUGAAGCAGCAGCAGCAGAUGUUUGGCUCCAGCUGUAGCAGAGUGAACAGUAAUCAUGGAUAUCAGUUAGAGUCAAUUAGAAACAAUAAUUUGAUUGCAUGCGUGUCUUGUAUGCUGAAUUUCCUCACGCGUGCCUUCACACACCCAAAGCAUGCGUUGCUGGAAUGGCGAACUCUUCCACGGAGAAUGAAAAGUGUGUUAGUCAGGUAUAGCAGGACAAAAAAAAGCAAAAAAAAAAACAGGCCACCAAAUCUUAAGGAUUAUGACUUAAAUAGGGGACACACAGGUUUAAAUCUUAAUCUGUUUCUCUUAAUUUCCCUCAGUCUGUGUAAAGCGUGCGUCCUGUCUGCACAGGUGUGUUUGGGGGCAGGAACCCUUCUUAGAGCGUGUGUGAUUUGCUCAGUAUUCACACCAAAACGUUGACUUCGACUGAGCUGCAGGCUUGCUGGUUCGCAGAAAACAAGAUCACAUUAGAUAAAUGCUGAUUAU